UCCAAAGCCACUAGUUUAUCGUUGAUUGCGGGCACUAGCCGCUGCAACCUACACCAGCACAAGAUUUCGCGCCGGAUCACGUGAAUUACAAAUCGCUCCCAAACGGUAACAGGGAAACAAUAAUGAAAGCAUCUCCUCGACUUCACCCAGCGUCUAUAUGAACUCAAUACCAAUCAUUCACUGAAUUGUUGGGUGUAAUCCGCCCGCUGGGUGACAUACUCGGAGAAAGUGCAACUAUCAAUCAAUGCUUCGGGUCGGCCACUCAUUUCGCUAUUUUCAAGUGAACUUUCGCCAAUGUCGGGCAUAUUCUCAGGGUAGCAGAUUAGGUAGCCGCCAGCAGGUAAAACUACGAAGGCCAUGGCUAAGGCGAUUCGCGACCGCUUGUCUCGUUUAUGGAGUCGCAACCCACCUAUACAUUAAUCUGUUGUACACGCAUUUUGAUAAGGAGAUCACACAUAGCUCCCUCGAAGACUCCGACUUGAAGAGGAAAGAUUCAAUUAAUGGCGACUCCGACGCUGAUUCCGAAGAAGAGCCAUCCUUUAUACCGCUGACAUGGCCUCGUCUCAAACCUGGCGAGCUUUACAAGGAUACCGAUGCAGAAUGGUUGACUUUUGUGAAAAUAUCAGAGGAUAAGGAACGUCUUCGGGCAUUGAGGGCCGAGCUUGCAGACAUUGUUCGCCAGCAAAUGUCCAAGUCACUACAUGGACGUCGCCUCUUUGGAACGCCGUUACAAGUUACUGAAAGCUGGCUGAUACCUCGCUUUCCAUAUCGUGCACCACCUCACUACGAACGAUUUGGCUUGGAAAUUUCAGACACCGAAAUUGCCCUGGUUUCGCAACCUGUCCUCCCACGAGAUGGUGAUCAGAUAUGGAAAAUUUUAUUCCCAUUCUCUGUCUCGUUGGCCGCGUUUCAUGCUUCUUUCUACCUGGGACAGAAGAAGAUACGGGAGAUGAAAGCCCUUCUUCGGGAUGAUGGGCACACAAACGACACUAUAAUGAGCAUAAAAGACUUGGAUCUACAAUCAGAUCUAAAAAGCCCCAAGAAUUUCAACUUGCCGAGCUUCUCUGAAUGGGAGAUUUUGAACUCCAACCCAACCGAAGAGAUUCAGGAAAAUAGCUCUUCUGCAGACGAGAAACCAGCUCGGAAUUACCCGUCUCACUUACCUUCCAGUAUUACCAUCUUACAAAACAUACCUCGUCCCGACCUUAAGCCGGGAUCUGACCUCCAUUUUGCACUCUCUGUUUUCAAGUUGUCUCUAUCGAGGUCCAGGCUUCUGCAUCGAAAAAUCCCUCAGCGAGGAGUGUUUUAUUUCAGUGGGCCUGUGGCCCUGCAUGGCCCGAAAGGUGAAUUUAGAGUAGAAGCUACUGGUGAAUACGAUCCGGCUCACAAGAAAUGGACUACUGUGCGAAUAUAUUGGAAGGAUAUUACUUUUUUUGCUCAGGAGGCCCUUGGGAACCAUAACUACGAUCAGGAUGACUGAACUACCCCCAAUAUAAGUCGUGUGAAAGAGAAAGGCAAUGCGUGUUGCAUGAAUUCAAAUUUUAUAACUCCUGUCUUUAUAGCGCUUCAUUCGUCGGGGAGAGUGCAUUAUUACCUAUAGAGAUUGUCGAUAAGCAUGGACCUGUACACCAAACCGAGACUUGACCGUUAUUUACAACGUGACUCCGAAUCUUUGAUGCAGCUUACUUGUGGGUCUAUGUUUAGGCGAUAAUUAUGUACCUUUAGAAAUACCCUGCUUGUCAGAAUUCAAGUAUUUAGAUGUUCCG